UUGCGACACACCCUUACGGUGUUGCCAUAAUGGAUGCUGACCAUGAUGGAGAUCUCGAUUGUAUGGCUGCCGUGCGAACAAGCUAUGACGAAAGUGGACCAGUUGCCGAAUAUGUUUGGCUUCUUAAGGGGCUAAAUGGCCGUCCGAAGAAGAACAUCACCGUCCACUUCGAGAAAGGAGACGCACCCGACAAGGCUGUGGUCACUGUCAACAAUGCUCAAGACCGGAAACUGGAGGCAAGAGGCAUCUACGCAGACUAUCAGAGCUGCGCCGUAUUGGAUAUUCCAUAUAAUGACAAACCACGUUGCCUCUUAUGGGCCACGGACGAGGCUAAGGACAACAUUCCAAGCAAAUGCGAAGAGGAAUUUCGAAAGAACUGUAACACAGGAAUUGUGGUUUACGAUAAAGAGUCUUGCAGUCAAGUGUAAGGGGAUGGCCAUGAUAAAAUAGCACCUCUUUGAGGGAGCAUCUA